GCAGGUUCAUGGCACCUCUGCCACAAGUACAUGCGGAACGUGGCAGCACCGCGGUGCCAUCCUUUGGUGAUGAUGAUCCUGUUUUGUCAGCGCUUCGAAGAUAUCGUGACGCAGCAGGAAGCACUUUCCACCCUCUCAGUGAGGUAGAAGAGCCCGAUGAGGUGGCCGUUGACAGCAGCUCCUCGAGAUUCGUAAUUGCAAAGACUCCUGCCUUCGCAUCCGACACUCCUAAGAACCGACCGACGAUCACGGAGAAUUUCUCGAAUUUUGAGGAAGAUUUCCGACAUGUGGUCUGUGGCCUGGCCUCAAUGGACAUGGGAGAGCUCCUUCCUUCAUGGCUUGGCUGGAUCAAUCCCUGGUUGGAGCCAACGGAGCCAGACCUCUGCGGUGCAGUGCCACAAAGAGGGCACUUUCGUAGCACUUCAAGUGCAGCCUGGUCGGAUGCAUCAUUUGGGUCUGCGGCAAGCCCCCGGGAAACCAAAGAGGAAGGAUUCAUCGACUGCACGGCGAGUGCUGAACGAGGACCUGCGCCUGUAGCUUUCUCUCCACCUGCUUCACAGGCGUGUCGAACGCGGUUGCCCGGCGCUGGGCGACGACGGGAUGAUGGCGCCAAAGCUUUGGAGGCCAUUCGAGAGCUUCCGCAUGGCCUGAGGUCCAGCACGUUCGAUGAGCUUUUGAUCCCGGACCUUGAUGCUGCACAGGCGUGGCCACCCCUGCCAGACUUUAGCAAGGGGAUCGAACUGGGUGCCACUUUUGCAGACUUCUGUGAAGGGUGGGGAAUUGGCAAAGUUUGUGAGGCUACGAUUUCUGGGACUUCUGGCGGCCGCAGCUCAGACAUGUUGAUCGUAGAACUUCGGUUGAAUGCGGAGCUGAAUGCUGCACAACUGCGACGUCUAGG